AUGGAUCGCAUCCGGAAAUGGGCAGCUUCUCCUCCCCCGGAGUAUGAGCCUAUCCAGCAACCGCUCAACCCCGAUGACGAGGAUCACCAGUCUAUCUCCUCAGAGCGUCAGCUAGGCCCUCGCUUCUCCCGGUUUGAAUAUGCUGUAUUCUUCCUAUUGGGGGUCUCGAUGCUGUGGGCGUGGAACAUGUUCCUUGCCGCUGCCCCAUACUUCUAUCAUCGAUUCCAAUCGGACGACUGGGCUGCUACCCACUACCAAUCCUCCAUCCUGACCGUGUCCACUAUCACGAACCUGGGCUCGGUGUUUAUCCUCGCAAAGCUUCAGAAGGAUGCCUCCUACCCGAGACGAAUCAGCAUCUCGCUGCUCAUCAAUAUCGCCGUGUUCACCUUGCUGGCGUUCUCCACCAUCAUCGCGAAACAUGUCUCCGUGAGCACCUACUUCGGCUUCCUCAUGGUCAUGGUCUUCGGGGCGAGUCUGGCUACGGGAAUCAACCAGAACGGCGUGUUCGCCUAUGUCUCCGGAUUCGGCAGGGAGGAGUAUACCCAGGCUAUCAUGGCCGGACAGGGCGUUGCGGGCGUUCUCCCGUGUAUUGUUCAGAUCCUCUCCGUCAUCGUGAUGCCGCAGAGAAAGGCCGACCAGCCGGAAGAGGUACCGCAGGAAUCGUCCAUAUCCGCCUUCGCCUACUUCAUCACCGCCACCCUGGUCUCCUUCUCAGCUCUCCUCGCCUUCCUCUCUCUAGUCAAACGCCGCUCCUCCACCUCCCCAUUGACCCCCGACAUCUUCCAAACCGACUACCAAACCCAUACAGCUUCCCCAGACAUCAACGACAACGACAACCACAGUGACAAUGACCACCCCACCAAAACAAUCAGCCUCCUCACCCUCUUCAAAAAGCUCCGCCUCAUGGCCCUCUCCAUCUUCCUCUGCUACGCCAUAACAAUGACCUUCCCCGUCUUCACCUCAGAGAUCGAAUCCGUACAUUCCGACCCAGCCACUCGCUCCCGCAUCUUCGACCCCCCGGUCUUCAUCCCCCUCGCCUUCCUCUUCUGGAAUAUCGGCGACCUCGCCGGCCGCAUGGCCGUGCUCAUUCCCUCCCUCUCCCUCGCCCACCGCCCCUGGUCCCUCUUCCUCCUCUCCCUGUCCCGCAUAAUCUUCAUCCCGCUCUACCUCCUCUGCAACAUCCGGGGCCGCGGCGCCGCGGUCCCCAGCGAUUUCUUCUAUCUAGGUGUCGUGCAGCUCCUAUUCGGUGUCUCGAACGGGUACCUAGGGAGUUGCUGUAUGAUGGGCGCAGGUCACUGGGUCGAGGAGGACGAGAGGGAGCCGACGGGUGGGUUUAUGGGGUUGAUGCUCGUGGGCGGGUUGACGGUGGGGAGUUUGUUGAGUUUUGGGGUUUCGAGUGCUUAG